UUGGGAUUCUGUUUUGAGGGCCGUCACCGAGCUUUGAUCUAUGAGUACAUGCCUAACGGAUCCCUAGAGAAAUUCGUUUGUAAUCGAGGUUCAGCAAUAGGUAGCCAACUAGAAUGGGAGAAACUAUACGAAAUUGUAGUUGGCAUUGGUCGAGGCUUAGAGUACUUGCAUCGCGGUUGUAACACACAAAUUCUACAUUUUGACAUAAAACCCCAUAAUAUUCUCUUAGAUAAAGAUUUAUGUCCUAAGAUAUCUGAUUUUGGGCUCGCUAAGCUAUGUCCUGAAAAAAGAAGUGUCAUUUCUAUGUCGGGUAUGAGAGGGACUCCGGGGUAUAUUGCACCSGAAGUAUUUUCUAGAAACUUUGGAGGGGUUUCUCACAAGUCGGAUGUGUACAGUUACGGGAUGAUGGUAUUAGAAAUGGUKGGAGGGCGAAGGGAUGUUGUGGUUGAAGUUAAUGACACUAGCAACAUGUUCUUCUCCCAUUGGGUAUAUAAACAACUUGUGUCGAACAAAAAUCUUGGAUUGAGCGGGAUUUUGAAYGAGGAGGAUAAAGAACGAGUGACGAAGAUGGUUUUUGUAGGCUUAUGGUGCAUACAAGCUGAUCCUUCAAGUAGACCAUCAAUGAGUAAGGUGUUGGAUAUGUUAGAAGGAGAUUUAGAGUCCAUACAGAUUCCUCCUAAACCUUUCUUGUUUUCCCCUCCAAAAUCACCAGAUCCCACCAUUGAAUCGCUAUGAUUCAUGGUUAAAAUUGACUAUGAAAAAUGUAAUCGGUUGUUCAGUAAACAUGUAACACAUUCAUAUCCAAAUUUGGUAAUUAUAUGGGAGUUUGAGGGGUUCCGUUGCAAAUUGGUUUUGGAAUUGGUAUGUAAUAAAAAAUAAAUGAACAAAACAUC